UGUACGUGUGUGUUUUGGAUAGUUUAGAGCUACUCUAGCUACGUGGUGAUUGUGCACGCCACCAUAAGUUUCGAAAUCCUCGCAAGAAAUCUGAGCUUCCCCCGUUUUGAAAUGCAUUUGUCAGACUAUACAGCAACAGCUGCCUUGUUGCUGCUCGCCCUUGUUGGUUAUGCGAGCGCACAGCGAGUGGCGCCCGGCGUAAAUCCCCAGCAUUAUCAACAUGUGCCACAGCAAAUGCCACAACACCAUCAGCAGCCGCCGCCGCCACAGCAAUACCAGCAACAGGGACAUGUUGCACCCGGCGUCCCACCGCAACAAUAUGUGCCACAGCAACAGCAAUAUCAGCAGCAGGUGCCUGUGCAACAGCAACAACAUCACCAGCAACAGCAGCAGCAGCAGCAGCAGAUGCAUCAACAGCAGAUGCCUGUCCAACACCAGCAACCUCCCGUGCAACAUAAUCAGCCGCAGCAAAUGCAGCAGCAGCAUCAGCAGCAGGCGGGCGGACAUCAUCAUGGACAGCCGCAGCAGGUUUUGAACACGGGCAACAUUCAGCAGGAGCGCGCUCACAUCCAGGAGCACAUGCAGGUGCCCAUCGAUACGAGCAAAAUGUCCGAGGCUGAGCUGCAGUUCCACUAUUUUAAAAUGCACGAUUCGGAUAACAACAACAAGCUAGAUGGCUGUGAACUGAUCAAAUCUCUUAUCCACUGGCACGAGCAAGGCAGCAAAGAGCAGCCGAAUGGCGAGAAGCCGCAUGUGGAGGAGAAAGUAUUUUCGGACGAGGAGCUUGUUGCGCUCAUCGAUCCCAUACUCCAAAUGGAUGAUACAUCGCGCGAUGGCUUUAUCGACUAUCCGGAGUUCAUAAAGGCGCAGCAGAAGGCUGCCGAGAAGCAUCAGCAGCAAACACAACAACAAGGCCAACAGAAGCAGGAGCAGCAGCCAGCUCAUUAAUUUAUACUUUCCAUCAAUCAAUCAAUCAAGCAUAUUUCUCUCUUUCUCCCUCUUUCUGCCACUUACACAUCUUUAAUUUAGGCGCUAGCGAAUUCCAGCUCAAAUUGUAAUAUACAUAUAUAUUCUGAAUUUCCAAUUCAAUAUGCUGCAAGCAUUCCAAACGACCAAAACUAUUUGAACAAAUUGUAAAACUUCUCGAAAAAAAAUUCCUACAUAUUUCGAAUAGCACAAAGAAAUCUCUUAUUAAGGGCAAUGUUUUUUGUUCUUUUUUGUUUUCUCCCCUUCUCAUAAUUUUAGUUAUUUGUUCGAUAUGAAGUUAUUUUUAAGCGUCAACUAAAAGCAGCAAAAACUAAACAAAAAGACAAAAAGCAAAUACACAAAAAACAGACUGAUUGUGUUAAUGUUUGUUUUGUACAAAAAUGAAAAAAAAAACGUUGAAAAAAAUCUGGAACAAUUAGAAAUUGAAAACUACUUUAAAUAGACGCAUGCAAUUCUUUGUAAGUAAUGUGUUUUUAGCGAAUAAAAACCACACUAACUAAU